AAGUACGGUGGCGGUGUGUUUUUUUUUUCAGUUGGUCCUUUAGCGCUCACAGCUAACUACAACAAGGUGCUUCCACAAACAUCAUCUGAAGGCGAAGCUAGACCAAAGCAAUACCCGACAACCAAGAUGAGUUCAUCAACAACUUGAUUCCUCAUUAUGUCGGCUGACAACUUUGUGUUGUUUCAGUGUUCAGUUCUAAGAAAGCGACACCGCGGAUGAAACAUUAGCUAGAACAACGUCAAGCUGAGUAUGCUGGACGUGGGGAAAUGGCCAGUGUUUGCGCUCCUUCCUCCAGAGGAACUGCGGCUUAUUCGUCAGGCCUGUGUCUUUGGCAGCGCUGCAAAUGAAGCCCUCUAUGUCACAGUUAAUGAUGAGGUCUUCGCUCUGGGCACCAACUGCAGCGGCUGUUUAGGGCUCGGAGACCUUCAAAGCACAAUUGAGCCGCGCCGGAUUGAUGUGUUGUGUGGAAAGAAGAUUGAGUCCCUAAGCUACGGAACAGGGCCACAUGUGGUUAUCGCUACUGCAGACGGAGAGGUGUUUGCGUGGGGCCAUAAUGGCUACAGCCAGCUGGGAAAUGGGACCACCAACCACGGACUGACCCCUGCCCUGGUUUCCACCAACCUCCUUAGCAAGAGAGUGACAGAAGUGGCCUGUGGGUCCCACCACACCAUCGCCCUCACAACUGAUGGAGAGGUGUUCGCAUGGGGUUACAACAACUCAGGACAAGUGGGUUCAGGCUCUACCGCCAACCAGCCGACACCACGCCGCGUUAGCAGCUGCCUGCAGAACAAAGUGGUGGUCAACAUAGCCUGUGGUCAGCUCUGCUCCAUGGCGGUACUGGACAAUGGAGAGAUCUACGGUUGGGGCUACAAUUGCAAUGGACAGCUAGGUUUGGGCAACAAUGGAAAUCAGCAGACCCCAUGCAGGAUUGCUGCUCUCCAGGGGGUCAACAUCGUUCAGGUAAGGGCCUACGGAGAGACGGAUCUUAUACAUUUAAAAAAAGUUCAGUUCUUGUUUAGCUUAAUAUGUCUCUUCCUCCAGGUUACCUGCGGAUAUGCACAUACACUGGCACUCACAGAUGAGGGGAUGGUUUACGCCUGGGGAGCCAACUCGUAUGGGCAGUUGGGAACAGGCAAUAAGAGUAACCAGGCUCUCCCUACACUUAUAAACACAGACAAGGAGAGGAUGGUGGAGGUGGCUGCAUGUCACACCAGCCACACGUCAGCUGCCAAGACCCAAAGCGGACAGGUUCUGAUGUGGGGUCAGUGUCGGGGUCAGGCUGUAGCCAGCCCCCACCUCACCCAUUUCAGCAGCACGGACGAUGUGUUCGCCUGCUUUGCCACACCAGCAGUCACGUGGCACCUCCUGUCAGUGGACGGUGAUGACUACCUGACUGUUGCCCAGUCUUUGAAGAAGGAAUUUGACAGCCCAGAGAUUUCUGACCUGAAGUUCUUGGUCGAUGGGAAGUGUAUCCAUGUUCACAAAGCCCUGCUAAAAAUCAGAUGUGAGCAUUUUCGAGCUCUGCUUAAUGAAACAGAUGAGGAUACGUUACAAAUUCACCAGUUUUCAUACCUGGUGUACCGAGCCUUUCUGGAGUACCUCUACACAGACACUAUUAACCUGCCACCAGAGGAUGCCAUUGGGCUGCUAGACUUGGCCACGUUCUACCGAGAGACGAGGCUGAAGCGGUUGUGCCAGGAAACGAUCAAGAGAGGCAUUACUGAGGAGAACGCCAUCACUCUGCUCUCUGCCGCUGUCAAGUAUGAGGCGCGGGACCUGGAGGAGUUCUGCUUCAAGUUUUGCGUCAACCACCUAACAGCUGUCACGCAGACCCAGGCCUUUGCGGACAUGGACCACGACCUGCUCAAGAACUUCAUUAGCAAAGCCAGCCGCUACGGGGCCUUCAAAAACUGACUAGAGGGCCCCCGUUGUGAUGGAUUCGCUCCUGAGAGUCGACCCUAGCCCAAAGUAAACACCAGGCUGUUCAGCACUUCAAAGCCUUGUCGCUGGGGAUUUUAACACUGGAGAGGCAAAGGGUUUAAUGUUUCAGCCUCUAACCGAUGCCUCUGUGUUAUUGCUCUAAAGCCAGCCUAAACACAGUAACUGCUUUGGCUGUAAAUAAAGGGCUUACAACACCCGGUCUAUCACAAGCAGUGGAAUACAAAGAUGUUCCACAGCCGUCGUCUUUGUGUCACUGACAAUAGGCUUGGUCAAUUAUGUGUGUGAUUUGUUUUCAUAAAGCUAAUCCACAGACAGAUGGGAUCCCUCACAGUGAGCUCAGGCAGGAUGCCUGGUGAUGCUAUUUGCUAAAUAUAAUUCAUUGCAAUAUAAGGGUUUGGCAUUGAGGUGUAAAUACUUAAUUUAAUCACACUGCCCUUCAUCAGUUAGACCAACAAGGAUCAAAGUGUAAAUGUUUCUGUAGCCAUGACCCCUUCACAUUGUGCUGCUUUUUCUUUGAAGCCUUGAAUCUUAAAUGCUCCGGAUUGAGAAGUUAAAUUUAAUAAGGACAAACACACAUGCUCCUGUUUGACACCAUUUUUCUGAACAACUUUAGUUUGUUCUCUUGCAUAAGUCGAUGUUACAUUUUGCCACUUUGUUUUAUAUUGUAGUUUUUCACCUUUGCCAUCCAAAUGUGUGGUUUCUCAGUGGUGUUUGCGAAGACUAACUGUUGCACAGUUGACGGCAGACGGUUAGUUUGCAACGGUUGCAGGGAGUUAUGAGAGAUAAGGACAUCCAUACUGUUUACUCAUGUUCAAAUUAACGCUCUCUGUGCAGCUGGAAACAGUGUCUGGCUUACAAAAGCAUAUUGAUUCCUGUGUGAUGCUGCAAGUUCAUUGCAGUUGGGUAUGUUUACAAAAGUUUGCUUGUUAAUUGUUCAAUUUUUUAAAUUGUUUUUAUGUUGGCAUCAAGUCCCUUAUAUCCUCCUAUAUCCCUUCCCUGGUAGCACCUUGUGGUGAUAAAACAGUGCUGGCUUUGUGUAAAUGCCAACUGACUAUGUUGAAUAUAGCCCUAUAGUGCUGCAAUGUUUAUACAUGUAGUUACCAGAUAAUUCCACAUUCAAUUUCUGCAUCUGUCUUAAUAGAACAUAACACAAUGCUUUAACUUUAACAAGCCAAGUAUUUUAUUUUUUGAAAUGUUUUGAUAAUGACUUAAAAUGCCUGUGUGUUUUCAUUUUGUAUGGAAAGUGCUGUAAGCUGCUGACAGCAGCACUAAUUGUAACAUUUGAUAAAUUAAAAUGUAUUAAAACAAGUUACUAGAUAA